UGGGUCUCGCAUUUUAAAAAGGGAAAAAACCCUAAUCCGCAUCUCGCGUUUUCUUUAGUUUUAUUGUCGUUACAAUUUUACCCUCCAUUGCCCUUUCUGUUUCCCUUUUUCGGGCUCUGGUUUUUGGGAUGGUCUCGCGGGCUCAAGGUUUUGGGAGAGAAACCAUGGUUGCUUUCAAACAGCCCAAUUAACUCACCCAACUCGUUAACUCUAUCGAGCCCUGCCAGAAGAGUCACGACUCAAUGCGUCUAAAGUUCCUCUCAAGAACUCUACCGACGUCCGUGGCAAGCUCGUUUCUUCACUGCUCUUACUUCUCAACGGUUCUUCCCCACUCGAGUUACUCGGACGGAAGCUCACAACGCGAGAGAUUCAAUCACCUUGUUAGGUUAUGCCUGCAACAAUGCAGAGAAGCCAAAACUCAUUACCUGUUCGACGAAAUGUCUCAGACAAGAGACCGGGCUUUGAAAGCCGGAAAAAUGAUACACGCACACGGUUUGCAUCUCGGGUUUUGUUCAAAAGGGCUGUUGGGAAAUGCAAUUCUUGAUUUUUAUGCUAAAUGCGGAGAUGUGGAUUCUGCUGAGAAGGCGUUUCAUAGCCUUCAAAAGAGAGAUGUAUUCGCUUGGAACUCGGUUAUUUCAAUGUAUUCAAAACGGGGGUUGGUAGAAGAAGUUGUCGAUUGCAUCGGACCUCUGCUGAAUAGUGGGGUUUUGCCAAAUGAGUUCACAUUUGCCACUUUUUUAUCUGCAUGUGCCAAGUUGAAAGAUGUUGACUUUGGUAGACUAGCGCAUUGUUUUGUUGUUAAAAUAGGCCUUGAAGCAAGUUCUUUCUGUGAAGGUGCUCUUAUUGAUAUGUAUUCUAAGUGUAAUUAUGUAACUGAUGCUCGGAAGGUGUUUGAUGGGUCAAUGGAUCUCGAUACAAUUUCGUGGACAUCGAUGGUGGCGGGUUAUAUUCAGGUUGGCUUGCUUGAGGAGGCACUAAAAGUGUUUGAAAGCAUGCUGAAAGUUGGUCAUGUUCCCGAUCAGGUGGCUUUUGUUACCAUCAUAAAUGCAUUUGUUGGUUUAGGUAGACUUGAUGAUGCACGUGCCUUGUUUUCCCAGAUGCCUAAUCCAAAUGUUGUAGCCUGGAAUGUGAUGAUUUCAGGGCAUGCCAAGAGAGGUUAUGAGGUGGAGGCUAUUGAGUUUUUCCAAAAUAUGAGGGCAUCUGGUGUUAAAUCCACACGCUCCACAUUGGGAAGUGUGUUAAGUGUGAUUGCUUGUUUAGCAUCUUUAGACUUUGGCUUAUUGGUUCAUGGUGAGGCAAUUAAGCAAGGGUUAAAUUCUAACGUUUAUGUCGGAAGCUCUUUAAUAAGCAUGUAUGCUAAAUGUGAGAAAAUUGAUGCUGCAAAGAAAGUAUUUGAUGAGUUGCAUGAGAAAAAUGUUGUCUUGUGGAAUGCAAUGCUCGGAGGUUAUGUGCAAAAUGGGUACGCCGAUGAGGUCGUCGAGUUGUUUUCUCAGAUGAAGGGGUCUGAUUCUCACCCUGAUGAGUUUACCUAUACAAGUAUCUUGAGUGCAUGUGCUAGUUUAGGAUGUCUGGAAACAGGUCUCCAAUUUCAUGUGUUUAUUAUCAAGAACAAAUUUGCAUCAAAUUUAUUUGUGGCGAAUGCAUUGGUUGAUAUGUAUGCAAAAUCUGGUGCUUUAGAGGAAGCAAGGAAGCAAUUUGAUAUCAUAAAAGAUAGAGAUAACGUUUCUUGGAAUGCAAUUAUUGUUGGAUACAUGCAAGAUGAGAAUGAGGUUGAGGCUUUUAGAAUGUUUCGAAGAAUGAUUUUACAUGGGAUUGUUCCUGACGAAGUGUCCUUGUCCGGUAUACUCAGUGCUUGUGCAAAUGUUCAGAGUCUUGAGCAAGGGAAGCAAGUCCAUUGUCUUGCAGUCAAAUCUGGUUUAGAUAAGAGCCUAUAUGCAGGAAGUGCCCUUAUUGACAUGUAUGCCAAAUCUGGGGCCAUUGGGGAUGCAGACAAAAUCCUCUAUGAUAUGCCUCGACGGGGUGUGGUCUCCAUGAAUUCUAUGAUUGCUGGAUAUGCACCAAAAGAUCUAGAUAGAGCAGUUAUCCUAUUAAAAGAGAUGCAGGACGAUGGAUUGAAACCAUCUGAAGUAACAUACACUAGCCUUUUAGAUGUCUGUAAUGAACCUCAUAAGUUGAACAUCGGAAGGCAAAUCCACUGUCUUAUAGUAAAGAGAGGCCUUUUGUAUGAUGAAGAAUUCCUGGGGGUUUCUCUCCUGUGCAUGUACUUGAACUCCCAUAGAGAUACAGAUGCAGGAAUUCUGUUUGAAGAGUUCAAAAACCGAGAAAGUGCCGUUGUAUGGACUGCUUUAAUUUCAGGUCAUUCGCAAAAUGACUGCAAUGAGGAGGCCUUACACUUCUUCCGAGAUAUGCAUAGCUGCAAUGUAUUGCCCGACCAGGCUACAUUUGUUAGUGUCCUUAGAGCAUGUGCUGUUUUAUCUUCUUUGCAAGAAGGCAGACAGAUCCAUGCUCUAGUUUAUAAUACUGGUUAUGUUUCAGACGAGUUAACAUCUAGUGCCCUUGUAGAUAUGUAUGCUAAAUGCGGUGAAGUUAAAUGUUCUGUGCAAGUUUUCAAUGAAAUGAAUAGCAAGAAUGGUAUUAGUUGCUGGAACUCGAUGAUAGUCGGGUUUGCCAAAAACGGUUAUGCUGAAGAUGCAUUGAGAAUAUUUUUCGAGAUGAAGCAAACACACGUAAUGCCUGAUGACGUCACCUUCCUCGGUGUUCUUACCGCAUGCAGUCAUGCAGGGAAGGUAUCUGAAGGUCGCCAAAUUUUUGACACAAUGGUUAAUUAUGGGAUUAAGCCAAGGGUAGAUCAUUGCGCCUGUGUCGUUGAUCUUCUUGGACGAUGGGGGUUUCUUAAAGAAGCGGAGGAUUUCAUUGACAGUCAAAAUUUUGAACCCGAUGCUAUGAUUUGGGCUGCACUACUCGGUGCUUGUAGAAUACAUGUAGAUGAAAUUAGAGGACAGAGGGCGGCAGAGAAGCUGAUUGAAUUAGAACCCGAUAAUUCUUCUCCGUAUGUACUGCUUUCUAACAUAUAUGCUGCAACAGGAAACUGGGACGAGGUUAAUGCUCUAAGGAGGAGAAUGAGAGAAAAAAGAGUCCAGAAGUUCCCUGGUUGUAGCUGGAUCGUCGUGGGACAGAAAACGAAUUUGUUCAUUGCAGGAGAUAAGUCUCAUCCUAAAGCUGAUGAAAUUGAACAGAUUUUGAAGGAUUUGGUUCGAUCGAUGAGAGAAGACGGAUAUGAUCCAGAAGUGGAUUCAUUGUUGCUAGAGGAAGAGUGUGAUAAAAGCAUCAAAUUGCAGUAGGUGAAAUGGAGAAAUCAUAAUAUAUAUAUUAUGAGCUUGGAUUUCUUAUUAGUAAGCAAGUUUUUAAGUGUUUUACAAUGCAAACAAAUCCCAAUUGGCCCAACCUUUCUAAACUUAGAUUGAGAGUCAA